AAUGUUAACAGCUGCUCAAACUUACUGAGAAGAAUGCUGUACUUAACCUAUUUCUGUGCCAUGAACAAAGCUGCAGCAGCUGACUUCUGAAGCACCUGAUUAGCUUUUAAUAGCUCCUGGAAAUAGGUUAUGGUGCCAGGGAGAGGUUUAUAAGUGGCUUGGCCUUUUAUCUGCAGUUUGUUAAAUGUUCUUCUUGGGUCACAAGGAAGAGCAAAUGCGUGUAUCUGAGUGGGACGUGGAUGAUUACAGAAGAUACCAGAGAGUUCAUCCUAAAGGGUUUUGCUGAGCUCCAGGCAGCUUCUGUCUUUUUAAAUUGUAUUUAAAACUUUGAGUUAAAACCAGGAAUUCUGGUUGUAAAGUUUGGCUACACAGGUAAGCUCAUAGCAACAUGCCACAACUAAACCAGUAUAUUACUAUUUACUUCCUCAAACAAGAAAUGUGCAGAUCACUUCAAGGGCUGACUGUAUAAACCUCUAAAUAAUCCAGUCUGGGAGGAUCUGAGGUCAUAUAUUAUUUGGUUCUGCAUCUUGAAGACAAGACUGCUCUCGUACAAUGCUGCGUUGUGUGGAAAACUGAUGAAACUUACGUUAGAAAUGUGUAGCAGGCUAUCAGUAUCAUCAUCCCUCCAAGAUGAGUAACAGCCAUCCGCUUCGUCCUUACACAGCUGUUGGCGAGAUUGACCAUGUUCACAUUCUGUCGGAGCACAUCGGUGCUCUGAUGAAUGGGGAAGAAUAUAGUGAUGUUACCUUUAUCGUGGAAAAGAAACGUUUUCCAGCACACAGAGUGAUCCUGGCUGCGAGGUGCCAUUAUUUCAGAGCAUUACUGUAUGGUGGAAUGAGAGAAUCUCAGCCUGAAGCAGAAAUUCCUCUUCAGGACACCACUGCAGAAGCUUUUGCCAUGCUGAUGAAAUAUAUUUACACUGGUCGUGCCACACUACGAGAUGAAAAAGAGGAGGUCCUCCUAGACUUCCUAAGCCUGGCACAUAAAUAUGGGUUUCCGGAACUGGAGGAUUCCACAUCUGAGUAUCUUUGCACCAUACUUAAUAUUCAGAAUGUUUGUAUGACAUUUGAUGUUGCCAGUCUUUAUUCCCUUCCCAAAUUAACUUGUAUGUGCUGUAUGUUCAUGGACAGAAAUGCUCAGGAGGUGCUCUCCAGUGAAGGCUUCUUGUCACUUUCUAAGGCUGCUCUUCUAAGUAUUGUACUGAGGGACUCUUUUGCAGCUCCUGAGAAGGACAUUUUUCAAGCCUUGAUGAAUUGGUGUAAGCAUAACCCCAAGGAAAACCAUGCUGAAAUUAUGCAAGCAGUGCGUUUGCCACUAAUGAGUCUAACAGAACUGCUAAAUGUUGUAAGACCUUCUGGACUGUUGUCACCCGAUGCCAUCCUAGAUGCCAUUAAGAUUCGUUCUGAGAGUCGGGACAUGGACCUCAACUACAGGGGCAUGUUAAUACCAGGGGAAAAUAUUGCAACAAUGAAGUACGGAGCCCAGGUUGUAAAAGGGGAGCUGAAGUCUGCUUUAUUAGAUGGGGAUACUCAGAACUAUGACUUGGAUCAUGGCUUCUCUCGACACCCAAUUGAUGAUGACUGCCGUUCUGGUAUCGAAAUCAAACUAGGCCAGCCGUCAAUAAUCAACCACAUACGAAUACUCCUGUGGGACAGAGACAGUCGGUCUUACUCCUACUACAUUGAGGUGUCCAUGGAUGAGUUAGACUGGAUUCGAGUUAUCGAUCACUCUAAAUACCUUUGUCGGUCCUGGCAGAACCUGUAUUUUCCUGCCCGAGUUUGCAGGUAUAUUCGCAUUGUUGGGACCCACAACACAGUGAACAAAGUUUUCCAUAUUGUGGCAUUUGAAUGCAUGUUUACCAACAAAACCUUCGCUCUGGAGAAGGGUCUGAUAGUUCCUGCUGAAAAUGUUGCAACAAUUGCAGAUUGUGCCAGUGUGAUUGAGGGUGUCAGUAGAAGUCGCAAUGCCUUGUUGAAUGGAGACACAAAAAACUAUGACUGGGAUUCUGGGUACACAUGCCAUCAGCUUGGGAGUGGAGCUAUUGUAGUACAGCUAGCACAGCCCUACAUGAUUGGAUCAAUACGGUUACUGCUUUGGGACUGUGAUGAUCGAAGCUACAGCUACUACAUCGAGGUUUCAACAAAUCAGCAGCAAUGGACCAUGGUGGCUGAUCGCACAAAAGUUUCCUGCAAAUCCUGGCAAACAAUCACUUUUGAUAAACAGCCUGCAUCUUUUAUCAGAAUAGUUGGAACUCAAAACACAGCUAAUGAGGUGUUUCACUGUGUGCAUUUUGAGUGCCCUGCACAAAGUGGUACCCACAAGGAUGAGGGUUGUAAGGAAGUGGCAACAACGGAGGUGGGGACUGGUGAACAACAGCUUGUUUCUCGUCCUGUUCGAGCUGCAAGCACUAGUUCUUUGCAUUCCCCUCCUGGAUCCACCUUGCGUUCUCAUGCUCACCAACCAUAAAGGAGAUUGAAAGGGAGCUUUUGCAGCCCCACUGACAUUAUAUGAAAUUAUUCAGAACCUUCUUGUGCUGGCACCUUUUCUUUCUUCUUCACUGUGAAGAAAGGGGACCAUGUCUUGAAAUGCUGAAAUGGCAAAGGCUUUUCCCAAGGACAUGAAGAGACUGCUUCACUCUUCUCAACUUGUUCAAGUCAGGCUGGUCUCCAAAGGGGGAGAAAAUAGGUCUUCAAUCUUCAUCAAAUACCCCAUUAACACCCUAGCUCUCUAAUCUAACGAAGGCAAGGAGAACAGAAGGAAAUAAAAGGCAGAGCUACAAUGAAAAUGUAAAAUGUCUUGAGCAGAGUGAAAGGCAUAUCAAAUAACUAUUUGUUCCCUGAAGGCUUCCAUUAGUGAAGAAAAUGUUUAUGGCACACAUCAGUACAGAAUAUAUGUUAUUUUUAAAAGUUAUUUUUCAUUCAUAUUCUUUUGUAACUAGUAAUCUCUUCUAAAAUUGUUUUAACUCUGCAUCCCGCUUUCUCUCUUAUUUUUGGCUGCAGCAAAUGCUGUGCAGUAGAUUAAGGAAGUAUCAAACAAGUUUACCUGCUGAGAUCCAAAUUCCCUCAUUCAUCAGUGGGAUGUCAAGAAAAGCCUUUAUGAUAUCAACAAACUAAUUAAUGGAUGCUGUAUUAAUCUUGACCCUAGUUGGCUUUACAAAGCACAAAAUUGUCAUUUCUUAUAGUCAAAAGGAAAAUGCCAAAAUAAAACUUCUAUCUUGAGAAAAGCUUAUUUUUCAAUCAUGAAGGUGAUUACUUAAGUUUUACUCUUAUUUCUAAGACAACUUGCAACAGAUCAUCAAAAAUUUUUUGACUAGAAAGUGAAAAUUCAUCUGGUCACUAACAAGCAGUUGUUCAGAAUACAAAACUAAGAAUGUGCAGAAAGCUAUUUUUAUCCCAGAAAAAUGGUAUACAGCCUGGAUCUAAAAAUUUAAGAGCCACGCAUAAACUUUUCUCAUAAUCUUCAUAGAGUGUUAUGCUUUUACACUGUAUUAUAAGGGAUCUGGCUCUCUCUUUACAUCACAGAAUUAAUUAUCCAUCCAUGUGUGGAUUAAAUUGCUUACUACUUCACUUAUUCUAUGUGUUUAUACAUUAAUGAGAAUGCAGCCUCUCACUUUCCAGAUUCAGAUGACAUAGGAAGGGCUUCUUGUUGGUCUUUCAGUAUAUGAAGAAGUGUUUUUGUAUUAUGACAAACACUGAUGUAAUUGGCAAAAUUGAUUAGGAGGGUUGUUAUUCCUCUCAAAGCAUAUUAUGCUGGAAAUGUCAGCUAUCCAGUUUUAUGAACAUGGGAUUUCCUGUGGUGAGAAAUCGCCUUGUUGGGAGAAAACAAAGCUAGUAUAGGAUAAAUAUGGUUUUCCUUUGCAUUACCAUAGUGAUAAAGUAAGGUACAUAUCAAUAUAGCAAAUAGUAUGCUAAUUCAUCACAAUACGUAAUUUGAAAGAAUUUCCCUACUGUAUACUGGUUGUGCUUAAAACUGGAAGAAAUACAACAAAUGGCAGCAAUGAAUCAGGAGGAACGUCAUAGGAGAAAUGCUCUCUCUUUGUUGUUUCCAAUAAAACUGACUAGACUUUAUCAAGAAUAUUACAGUAUUUUUCAUUGCCAAAUUACUUCUGAGUACUGACAUUUGCAUGCAGUCCCCUCUCUUCCCACUGUUGUCGUCUGUCUUGUGAUGUCUGUCAGUGAAGAUGCAUGCACACUACACUGUAUUAUCAUUUUUAAUACAUGCCAUGGCUGCCUUGAGUUCUGAGGCAGGAUAUUGCUCAUGAGCCAGCACCUAGUCUUGGUUGCCGAUUACCUUUUGGCUUAGCAGCCUUUGGGGCAUGAAAGAAUUGAGACUAGCUACUGGGGAUGCAAUUCUUUUGUUUAAGUAUAGGUCUAAAAAGUUGGAUUUUUUUUUUUCUUUGAAAAGUAAAAACAGUAAGAUCUUCUAUUCUAGUCGUAUACUGUGCUGGAACUUACUGAGAUGAAUGGAGCAUGUCUUGUCUUUGGUAGUUAAGACCUUCUGUGUCAGUGAUGGUAUUUCUUUGCAGUUUGAUCAAACAAAUUGACUUUUUUCAAGUUGUCAACAUGCAAGGGGUGUAACUUCCUAGCUGUUAGUCACUGUUAUAGAAAGUAUUUAAUUAAAAAAAAAAAAAAAGAAGAAGAAGAAGCAAAAGAAGUUUGUGCCAGCUGUUCUGAGUUUAGGUACUCAGAGGAAGAACAGGAUUUUCAGUUUGUAAUCUUUGAUGUGCACAAUUAAUUUUUUGGAUAGUAAUAAGCCUUACAGACCAUAAGCUACUGCAGAUUCUUUUUGAUCUUGCCCUAUGACUCACUGCUGAAGAGGAAUGUCUAUUUAUUUCCCAUGACACUAGCUCUCUGCCAAGAAUCUGAAUGAAUAGAUAAGACAGAUUCUCAAAGCAAAAAGAAUCAGGUCCUGUAAAAAUUCCAAUUCCCCACCCCCAAAAAUCAUUCAAAACAAAAGCCAGUUUAGCAUUGUCCUUUCUUACACUCUUUAUCUCUUUUUCCACAACUUAACAAUUUCUACCUUUUUAUUCAAAUAAAUAAUGUUGAAAUGUCUUAAGGGACCUGAACUCUGCUUGGUCUUCUAACAUCAUCCUUCCCCAAACAUCCCCAAUAUCUUUGUGGCCUCGUAUAGGUCCCUGCCUUAAACACAGUGUCAGCAAAUUAUUACUACUGGCAAAGGAUGAUACCACACAGAACUGACCUGUGCUUUUGUGCGAGUAUUCUCAUGCUUUCUAAGUAUUGUCUGCACUUAUUGACUCCUAAUAUGAGAUAUGUAGCUCUUGUAUGAUCUUCUGAGAUCUAGGUUUUUUUCCUUUCCGUGAAAAUAAGUUGUGCUGUUAUGGCUUAAUAUCAGAGCAUUUAUAGCAUCAGGGUUUAACAGAGUCAUGAGAUACUAUAAUUAUUCAGAACUGCAUGAUCACUUGCUUUUAAUUGCAUCAGAGGUAGAGCAGAACUGACCAGCACUAACCAGCUGUUCAUUGCAUUCUUGUCAGAAACUAUAAGAUAGACCUGUUGUCAACUUUCUAGAUAAUAGAAUUAACUAUAUUGCCAACAUUGAACCAUUUUUUCUAGUUAGUACUUCAGCUGUAGUUAUCUUUAAAUUCCCUAGUCCUCUUUUUCUCUUACUUUUCUUCCAUUGAUUGAAUUCAGACUUAGGUCCAACUCAUGUGUAGCUUAACAUAGCUCUUUCUAAAUUCUCUUUAUUUAAUGAACUAAUUCCAAGUGAAUUUCAAAGAUUUUUAAUCACGGCAAUCUGUGGCCAAAAAUUAACUUCAGCAAGAGUAAAUUCAGUAUUGGUAAAACUGAUUUAUCUGUGAAAAUGAGUUUCUAAAGUGAGCAAAAAUUGCGCGGCUCUUAGCUUUCAAACAAGCUCUAAAACAAGUUUGAAUGACAUGUUAAUAGAAAUGGCAAUGAGAGAAAUGAAUCCAAGACUUACAUAAAAGACAGUACAGAGGAAGAAUCGGCAGUGUUCUUAGGAAAGUAACUGUUUUUCAUUGCACUUUCCUUCCUUUACAGCUCCAUUUAAUCCUUUUUCCCUGCAAAUCUGUUUUGCUUGUUCAGUAUGACAGUUCAUGGUGGAGCUCUGUGUUUUUCAUCAUUGCUGAAGAGUUGAAAUGAACUUAAUGUUUCUUCAUUUUUGCUAAUCAUAACAAAUCAGAGAAUCUUCAGUUUACUACCUAACUUGAUUUCCACUAGAGAAAAGAAAGCAAAUAUCAGUAGUUUUUUCACUUUAAGUAAAUUAAGCUUUCCAGCCAAAUACAUGUGAACAUCUACUCAUUAUUCAGCAUUGCUUUGUACAUCUGAAGUCAGUGUGAAGAUCAGAAGGCAAAGUUAGUGUCAUUUUUGUCUGAUUGUUACGUGAUCGUUCUGCUUAUACAGUGUCACCUACUCAGAGACCCUUGAUACGGAAUCAGAAUUCAGCUGUGAUUUCACAGGAAGCAGAAAAGCUAUGCAUUGUUUUUCCCCUGUGAAAAUGUUUGUUGGCUUGUAUUUUGACAGGUGAUGGCGUACCAUCAAAUCGGCAAAUGAAUGCACUGGUAAUUUAUUGUUGUGGCUGGAAUAGUCAGCAAAUACCAGAGCCAGUAGUAUUUAACAGAGUAUGAGAGUAGGCGUUCAGGUUCAUAUGUUAUUGUAGCAGUUGCUAGAGGACUAAACUGCGUAGAAAAUAAUACUUUGUGGAUCUCAGAAUCCUUGAGGCCUGGCUUCCUUUCCUUUCUCUUAAUUGAUUGUAUGUUUAGGUUAGAAUCCUCAGCUGUCUCUGAACUGGUUGACAGCAUUUGUACUAGUUAAAUUACAUGUAGAAGCUCCACAGGCUUUGUGCAGGAUACAGGUAAUAAAAGUCCUGGGUCAAAUUUUUAAUGGAACACCUAAAUAGUUAUAGAUGUGUUAAAUGGAUCUUAGUAGGUCAUCAUUUAUCUUGAAUUUAGAACAGGUUCCUAAAACUCCUAAACUGAGGAAAACUGGGUCAAAUGUUAAUACUCUGUGGUAUGGCCGGAUGUGAAAUCAUUUUUAUAGUUGCUUAAAAUGUGCAAAUGUCUAAAUAAGGUAUGGGUGAGCAGGUCCAAAGCUGGUUUGGCCAAAGUUGUUAGGAACUGGUAAUUUGGCUGUAGUGAAGUGUAUAAAAUAGAGCAAAUCAAAUGCUCAUCUCAAAGAUAUUUGUGCAGUCCGAUGAACAGAGACAUAUUCCUCCUAGCUGCCUUGCAUGUGACUUGUGGUCUUUGCAGAGUGAGCCUCCAUUUGAAUUUUGUUAACUGCUCAAAACCACCUACAGACUUCUCAAAGGCCAUUCACAAGCUCUGUUGCGGUGUUGACUGAGGUAAUUUAGAAGUCACACCUAUAGUCCAUGACAGAAUUUGAGUCUGUUUGUUUUUGAGAAUGAUUACUGGAAAGCUAGUUAUAAAAAUCACCCUGCAAUUUUUAUUACAGAAACAAAGCCCAAAUUAACAUAGUAUAGUAUAAUACGAGGAAAAUGCAAGUAUCUGGUAUUUACCCGUAGAUUUUCUGAUACUGUAUGUAUUUAAUUACUAUGAUAUACAUACAAAUGGUGGAAGUAAGUGAACAGCCAGCUCCACACUUAAGUAAUACACCCUUGGUAGUAGACAGUAUCGACCCAUCAGAAAAUCAGAGAAGUUUUUCUUUUCUUGUUCCUUCCAACCUAAUAGAAUAGCGUAGCUAAAUGUUCUGAAACAAAAAAGAAUAAUUGAUUCCUUACGUAAAUGUCACAGGAAUUGAAGUUUAGAUUAUUGUAGCUUAAAAUCUGAAGGAGUGGUGACUUCUGUCUGCCUAGGUGUACAUUUGCCUCCCUAGUACCUCCUGCUGCUUCAGACCCCAAGCUUUUAUAUUUGAAGGAGAGCCACACUGUUGGUGCAUUGUACAUUUCUUUGUUAGAACUUUUACUCAUCUAUUUUGUGUUUAGCAUCUUGGCAUAUCCAUUCUGUUAGAAGAAGGUAACAUGGUUUCUCAUGGCUUUCAGAGUUACUUGUUGACUCCUGCAAACUGGCAGAUACAUCGCCACCACUGUCUAUGCUAAGGAGUAUGCAAAACUGUUUUACAACAAAUGCUGUAUGUCCAAACAGUACCAACUGACUCUGAAAUAUCUUAAGAUGGUCUGUAUUGUUGUUGAGAUGAGGGUUUGCACCACUAAAACUCUGUGCCAUGCAAUCCAAGUGAACGGUAGUGGCUGCAGCUUCUUUCUGGAGAGGAAGUAGGGAAUUUGCACACGUACCAGAAAUAAUUCAUUUUCUUCGUAUUGUUUUUGUUCUACAUCCUCUGCCUCUGUACUCCUGAGCUAUAAUUCCUAGGUGGUUUAUGAUUAAUACCUAGAAUCUAAUAAAUAUGUUUAACAAUUGCUGUCAAGAACUUUUGUCUUUAAUGAACAAUUUCAUAUUGUGCUUUUGAAGCAUUAUUUGUCCCCGGAAUUGUUUAUCAGCAUCUGCUGUAGCUGGAGUUGCAAGGAGGAAACUGGAGAAAGGCUGUUAUGUAGUUGCAUGCAUGCAUCUGUUUCACAAGUUGAAGUGACUUGGCAAAGAAGUGUUUUUAUGUGCCUUUUUUUUUCUGUUUUUUCUUUGGUUUAAUGAAUUUUGGUAUGGAAUGUAUUGUUUAACUGAAUGUGGAUGAUGAACUGAGGAAGAGAAUGUAAUGUAGGCAGCAAGAUUUUGUUCAUUUUUAUGGGAAUAGCAACAUGAAGGUCUGAUUCCUGUAGUCUGCGCUGCUUCUGCUUGUCUCCUGUCCUCACAGCUCCUACUUUUUCCUACAGGAUUCCCCCAGUCUGCCAGUUACUCCUUUUCUCCCUAUCUGGAAUCACAUUGCUGUCACUGCAGUGUUACCUGGAACUUUACUCUAAACUGGGAUAUAUUAAGUAUUAAGUGUAUUUAAUUUUUUUAAAAUCUUUUUUGUUAUAUACAGAAUUAAGUAGCCUAGUCCCAGUUCAUUCUCAUCAGAUUUAAAAGUCAAUUACUGCUAAGUUGUCAAAAGAUUGUGAGUUUUAAUUUGGCUGUGUAUGGAUGUGGAAAAUACUAGCUGUUCUCAAGCUUCUACUUUCAUAAUCUGAACUCUGUUUUCCUUAAGAUAAAAAUCAGUGAGAGAUUUUCUAUUAAGUAAUAGGUCAGGCUUUGCGUGGGCUUAUCUAAUUUAAAUUAAAUAUAAUUGUGUUUCUUGUUCAUCGUGAUGUUCAUAUAUGUUCAAUUUGUUAGUUGUUCACUGUUCCAGUUGUAUAUAAAUGUUUUCUCAAUAAACUGCAUCAUCAAAAGUGAACCUUGAAA